AUGGAAUCAAAGAACAACAAUAAUGGAUCAGUCCUCUGCGGUAAUUGCAAGACUUUCUUCGGAAACCACGACACUAACUUUAUGUGCUCCAAGUGCUUCAAGGAGUCUCAGAAGUAAGAACAGUAGAAUCAGUCUGCUGAAAAGAAGGUUUAAGAGGCUGCUGCUUUCGCUCUUAACCAAUCUCAACCAACUAAUCUCAUUGAACCUAUUCUAAUUGCCUAGUAAAAAGUAGAGAUCACUGCUUUCUAGGAGGAGGUGAAAUAAGCUGCUAAUGAAGACCAAGUUAUGCAAGAUCUAUCACAGUCAAACUAACCAGCUGUUGAAACCAAAUAAGUAUAGACAAAUAAAAACUUGUGUUGGUCAUGUAAGCGAAAGGUGGGUCUUUUAGGCUUCGCCUGCAAGUGCGACUAUGUGUUCUGUGGUAAACAUCGUUACGCUGAGGAACACGCCUGUGAAUUUGACUAUAAGCAGAGACAACAGGAGAAACUUGCCAAGGAAAACCCUCUCGUCAAGAAUGGCAAGAUCUAAAAAAUAUGA